CGCUAGCUUGGCUUCACCAACCCUAUAGUCAGUGCAUCAGGUCCUCAUAAGCAAAAAUCCAUGUCCGAAACACACCUCGCGGAAAGCUCCAGCCUAGACGAACCAGCCGUCGCAUCGGUCGCUCCCUCGUCUCGAGGGCGGGCAUCGGGGAAGCCGUGGAAGUUGCAAAAGGUUGCGGUGGUACGGUCCCAUCUGCCUGAGGGCGUAAAAACACGAUGCUGGGAGGAGAGAAUGCAGAAGACGCAGAAAGAGAAGGCCGUCAAAAAGCUACAGGCUGAACUAAAGGAGGAAAAGCAGGCUGAGAAACAAAGACGUCGCGAGAUCACGCUUGAGCGCAAGAAGGCCGCUGAGGAACGCAGACGAUUGGAAGAGGAAAAAGCCAAGAUGGGGGUGCGCAAAGCCGCACGUCUGCGUCGGAAGGCUGGGCGGACAAAGAAGAUCAGCCAUUAACACUCUCGCAUGUCUGUCUCUGGGGAUUAUGAUGUCGCUUACUUGGACACAUGUUCUGUACAUACACCACUACUCAUACUUGCACCAUUGUCUCAUUACAUAUCGC